CCUCCCUCCCUCCCCGAUCCCCGGCGCCCGCCCCCCCACAGGCCAUUCCGCCUCCCCUCCCCUCCUCACAACCACCGCCUAACCGAUCCUUCGGCGGGGGACGAGUCCCGGGAAUCCAGGAUACAGCCAGAAAAAGCACAUUUGUAUAUAGAUGUCAAGUUAUGGAACGAACAAAAACUUGUAGAACUAUUUUGGAGGCAGGAUUCCACCUCUAAAGUGUCAUGCAACCAGUAAUGGAAAAUGAAAAGACAAGCCUCUGCAACCAGGACAUAGUCACAGUAGGCCAAAAAUACUUAAUACAUCGAAGCACGAAGCAUCUCUAACUCAUAGCAUCAUCGAACCGAAAUCAAAACUACACUGUCCUGGAGCGCCCUCUUUUCAAGGUAGAACUUUAGACUUCAUAGCACUGAAUUAACCUGCACUGAAAGCUGUUUACCUGCAGUUGUUCACUUUUGUUGAAAGUGAACAUGUCUCAAGUUCAAGUUCAGAACCCAUCAGCUGCUCUCUCAGGGAGCCAAAUACUGAACAAGAACCAGUCUACUAUCUCACAGCCUUUGAUGAGUAUUCCUUCUACUACUAGCUCUCUGCCCUCUGAAAAUGCAGGUAGACCUAUUCAAAACUCUGCUUUACCCUCUGCAUCUAUUACAUCCACCAGUGCAGCUGCAGUUCCUUCUAACAUGGCAAACCCCAAAGAGAAAACCCCAAUGUGUCUUGUGAAUGAGUUAGCCCGUUUCAACAAGAUUCAGCCUGAGUAUAAGCUUUUGAGUGAGCAAGGUCCAGCUCACUCUAAGGUGUUUACGGUGCAGCUGACACUUGGAGACCAGCACUGGGAAGCUGAAGGAACUAGUAUUAAAAAAGCCCAACACUCAGCUGCUGCCAAAGCUUUGGAAGGAACAAAAUUUCCUAAACCAACAGCCCGUCCUAUUCGUAGCGAAGGAAGGAAUCCAGGUAUUAUGCGUGGGCCAAGACAGGUUCCUUUCAAAAGUGUGUCUAGAGACAGUGUAACCCCAACAGUGGAACUAAAUGCACUUUGCAUGAAACUUGGAAAAAAACCAAUGUACAAGCCUGUUGAUCCCUACACAAGAAUGCAGUCCACCUAUAACUAUAAUAUGAGAGGAGGUGCCUAUCCCCCACGGUACUUUUACCCAUUUCCUGUCCCACCUUUACUUUAUCAAGUUGAACUUUCCAUUGGAGGACAGCAGUUUAAUGGGAAGGGACGAACAAGACAGGCAGCAAAACAUGAUGCAGCUGCAAAGGCACUAAAAAUCUUGCAGAAUGAGCCCCUGCCUGAGAAACCAGAGCAUUUUUUCUACUUUACUACGCUGAAUCCCCUUAAGGAUUCUGGAGUCCAACAGCAUUCUUUUGGAGUUGCAGGAAGUAAGGUUCAGAAAUUAAGUGAUUUGCCCAGGGCCACACAGGUGAAUGGAAGAGAACCAGAUGAUGAAAAUCUCAAUAAAUCUGAAAUAAGCCAAGUGUUUGAGAUUGCACUUAAACGGAACUUGCCUGUGAAUUUUGAGUUUUUCCCUCUGAAACAGGUCACCAGGGAGAGUGGCCCACCUCACAUGAAGAGUUUUGUGACAAAAGUAUCAGUUGGUGAAUUCAUGGGUGAAGGUGAAGGAAAAAGCAAGAAGAUUUCAAAGAAAAAUGCUGCUAUAGCUGUCCUUGAGGAACUAAAGAAAUUACCCCCCCUUCCAACAGUUGAAAAAAUGAAGCCACGAAUAAAAAAGAAAACAAAAUCAAUAGUUAAGCUACAGACAAGCCCAGAAUAUGGUCAGGGAAUGAAUCCUAUUAGCCGACUCGCCCAGAUCCAGCAGGCCAAAAAAGAUAAGGAGCCUGAAUACAUGCUUCUCACUGAGCGAGGCCUUCCACGGCGAAGGGAAUUUGUUAUGCAGGUCAAAGUUGGUGGCCACACUGCCGAAGGAAUGGGCACAAAUAAGAAGGUGGCAAAGCGCAAUGCAGCUGAAAAUAUGUUAGAAAUCCUAGGUUUCAAAGUUCCCCAAGCCCAGCCCCCCAAGCCCGCGCUAAAGACGGAAGAAAAGACCCCAGUAAAGAAACCAGGUGAUGGAAGAAAAGUUACCUUUUUUGAACCCAACUCUGGUGAUGAAAAUGUGACCAGUAAUAAGGAAGAUGAAUUUAGGAUGCCUUAUCUCAGUCAUCAGCAACUUCCAGCAGGGAUUCUUCCCAUGGUGCCUGAAGUGGCACAGGCGGUAGGAGUCAAUCAAGGACAUCAUACCAAAGAGUUUACCAGGGUAGCUCCAAAUCCCGCCAAGGCGACAGUCACAGCCAUGAUUGCUAGAGAGCUAUUGUAUGGGGGGACCUCCCCCACAGCGGAGACCAUUUUAAAGAAUAACAUCUCCUCAGGCCAUGUCCCCCACGGGCCACUCACCAGACCCUCUGAGCAACUGGAUUACCUUUCCAAUGUCCAGGGAAUCCAGGUGGAAUACAAAGACUUCCCCAAAAACAACAAGAAUGAAUUUGUCUCUCUUAUAAAUUGCUCCUCUCAGCCACCUCUGAUCAGCCAUGGAAUUGGAAAGGAUGUGGAAUCCUGCCAUGAUAUGGCUGCACUGAACAUUUUAAAGUUGCUGUCUGAGUUGGACCAACAAAGUACAGAGAUGCCAAGAACAGGAAAUGGACCAAUGUCUGUGUGUGGGAGGUGCUGAACCUUUUCUGGCCACAAACCACUUUAAAAGUUCAACAUAUAUACUGAAUAUACUGAAACUGCUUUGCAAUUUUGGAAUUUCUGAUGCCUACAAUGGGCGGAGAGAUGUGGUGAAUGAUGAAAUGGAGAAGGCAGUAGUGAUGAGAAUGGAGACAAACAGGAAGAGGCUGAUUGUGAACUCUUGUGGUUUCUUCUGGUGGGGCCAGACAGGAGGUGGCAGGGGGGAGUUCUGACAAGAGCUGAAACCAUGCACAAGCUACUGCUUGGACACGGUCCUGGGGAAGGAGGGCCAAGGGAAGGGAGAUCAGCCCUCGGGCUCCUGCAUUAAGUCCUCCUGCCUCAACUAGGAAGUCAUUGUUCAUCAUCCUGGAGUCACAUGGUCUUCUUCAGUGCUUUGUCUUGUGUUUGUAUAGAUGUGUGAAACCAGAAAAGGAAAGCAAUCCCCUUCGCAAACUGGCUAACUCAAACCUUUAGGGACAGACACUGGACAGCAGUGCCUGACAGGCAUUAGACUUGACCCAAGUCUGAAAGCACCAGAGAAAAUCAAAUGCUUCCUAUUCAGUGUAACCUGUUAUAGAGUGAGUGCUGCAGCCCUUCCAUCUUCCUGUAGUUACUGAAACCAUAACCAUUGCUUUAUCCUAAGACAGUGACACAUUCUUAGUUUCCUUUUUUUUUGUUUUGAUUGAAACGACACUAUGUUUUUUUUCAUUUGAAAGUUUCUCAAUUGUAUCUAGUUAUAUAGCACAGUUUAGAAACUUGUCUGAGACUGACGUUCUCUGUAAACUAACCUGCAAAGAUCAUAUCCGUGUAUGUGGCUAUACAUUUUGUUUCUAUCGGAAUAGCCUAGCACCAUUCCGAUAAUUUGUGUGCCAUCCAGUUUAAUGUCCCAGAUAUCUAUAGAGAUAUGUAUAUAUGUACACAUAUCCAUAUAUAUAUAUCUAUAUAUAGAACCUUGAUGAAGUUGCCCAAUGGUUAUGUAAAUUGGACAUUUUAGUAAUUUUAAGCUUCACACGAUCAUUUGGUUCAUUUACUAUUUCCUUUUUUUUUUUGUUAAACACAACAGAACUUAAAAUAAAUGAGUUUUGAUUUUUCUUUUUAAAGAUUAUUAAAAAAAAAAUGUGUGUAUAUAUUGCUCUCUGUGGCACACAGCUUUCACAACACUACAGGAUAUGAUCUCAGUGUAGUACAUAUAAAAACUGCAGAUUGAUUUUCCUUGAGUGCUUUAUACUGUUGAAUUACAUCUCCAUGUAGGGCUGAAAAAAAUUAACGAUGUUUAUAUAUAAAACUGUGUUGCUUUUGAUGUUGUGUUAUUGUGCACAGAAAUGUGUGCAGUAAGUUUUUGCAUAUGGUCCAGGUAAAAAAGCACGGUCGCCUUGCAAGUUAAGUACUGCUUCAGUUCAUUGUUCACGCUGGAAAUUUUUUCUCCCCAUGGAAUGUAAGUAAAACUGAGUGUUUGUCACCAAUAAAUGGUCAUACUAAAUUUUUUUGGUUAAUUUAUUCUUGUAUACUAUUGUUGCUGGAUUGCCUCCCCCUUCCUUUCCCUCCUUAGGGGAGUGGAGGGAAGGAUCUGUAAUGCUAAUGUAAUUCAUUCUGGCCAGUAAUCAGAAGGUCUGAAAUAACUUUAUAUAAAAAACAUUGAUCAAUAAAACUGCAACUAAUGAA